GAGCGGCCGCGCCCCCCGCGCUGCCGACCCGCGAGCCCGCAUCAUGGAUGUCGAGCUCUCCUAUUUCGCAUUGCUCGCCCUGGAAUUCGAGACCCCAGACGAGGACCAGGAUUCAUGAAUCGGUCGCAGGGGCCGGGGCAGGGGCCUCUGGCUCCCGACACUGGCCGAGAGGUGAUGAGUGAGGUUCGAAGACCGGAAGAUUUUAAAAGCAGCCGGGGCCUCCGUAUUGAAUGAAAGACCCAGUGCGGAGACAUCACCAUGAACACUAGCAUUCCUUAUCAGCAGAAUCCUUACAACCCACGGGGCAGCUCCAGCGUCAUCCAGUGCUACCGCUGUGGAGACACCUGCAAAGGGGAAGUGGUCCGCGUGCACAACAACCACUUCCACAUCAGAUGCUUCACCUGUCAAGUAUGUGGCUGUGGCCUGGCCCAGUCAGGCUUCUUCUUCAAGAAUCAGGAGUACAUCUGCACCCAGGACUACCAGCAACUCUAUGGCACCCGCUGUGACAGCUGCCGGGACUUCAUCACAGGCGAAGUCAUCUCAGCCCUGGGCCGCACCUACCACCCCAAGUGCUUCGUGUGCAGCUUGUGCAGGAAGCCUUUCCCCAUUGGAGACAAGGUGACCUUCAGUGGUAAAGAAUGUGUGUGCCAAACGUGCUCCCAGUCCAUGGCCAGCAGUAAGCCCAUCAAGAUUCGUGGACCAAGUCACUGUGCCGGGUGCAAGGAGGAGAUCAAGCAUGGCCAGUCACUCCUGGCGCUGGACAAGCAGUGGCACGUCAGCUGCUUCAAGUGCCAGACCUGCAGCGUCAUCCUCACCGGGGAGUACAUCAGCAAGGAUGGUGUUCCAUACUGCGAAGCCGACUACCACUCCCAGUUUGGCAUUAAAUGUGAGACUUGUGACCGAUACAUCAGUGGCAGAGUCUUGGAGGCAGGAGGGAAGCACUACCACCCAACCUGUGCCAGGUGUGUCCGCUGCCACCAGAUGUUCACUGAAGGAGAGGAGAUGUACCUCACAGGUUCCGAGGUUUGGCACCCCAUCUGCAAACAGGCAGCCCGGGCAGAGAAGAAGUUAAAGCAUAGACGGACGUCUGAAACCUCCAUCUCACCACCUGGAUCCAGCAUUGGGUCACCUAACCGAGUCAUCUGCGCUAAAGUGGAUAAUGAGAUCCUUAAUUACAAAGACCUGGCGGCUCUCCCCAAGGUUAAGUCCAUCUACGAGGUACAACGCCCCGACCUCAUUUCCUAUGAGCCUCAUUCCAGAUACACGUCCGACGAGAUGCUGGAGAGAUGUGGCUAUGGAGAGUCGCUGGGAACAUUAUCUCCCUACUCCCAGGACAUCUACGAGAACCUGGAUCUCCGGCAGAGACGGGCCUCCAGCCCGGGAUACAUAGACUCCCCCACCUACAACCGGCAGGGCAUGUCCCCCACCUUCUCCCGCUCACCUCACCACUACUACCGCUCUGCUGGAGACAGUAACAUCUACCGGAAACCCCCAAUCUACAAACGGCAUGGUGAUUUGUCUACAGCAACCAAGAGCAAAACAAGUGAAGACAUCAGCCAGGCCUCCAAGUACAGUCCCGCCUACUCGCCAGAUCCCUACUAUGCUUCGGAGUCUGAGUACUGGACCUACCAUGGGUCCCCCAAAGUGCCCCGAGCCAGAAGGUUCUCAUCUGGAGAGGAGGAUGAUUUUGACCGCAGCAUGCACAAGCUCCAGAGUGGAAUUGGCCGGCUGAUUCUGAAGGAAGAGAUGAAGGCCCGGUCGAGCUCCUAUGCAGACCCCUGGACCCCUCCCCGGAGCUCCACCAGCAGCCGGGAGGCCCUGCACACAUCUGGCUAUGAGAUGUCCCUCAAUGGCUCUCCUCGGUCACACUACCUGGCUGACAGUGAUCCUCUCAUCUCCAAAUCUGCCUCCCUGCCUGCCUACAGAAGAAAUGGGCUGCAUAGGACGCCCAGCGCAGACCUCUUCCACUACGACAGCAUGAACGCGGUCAACUGGGGCAUGCGAGAGUACAAGAUCUACCCUUAUGAACUGCUGCUGGUGACUACAAGAGGAAGAAACCGACUGCCCAAGGAUGUAGACCGGACCCGUUUAGAGCGCCAUCUGUCCCAGGAAGAGUUCUACCAAGUCUUUGGCAUGACCAUCUCCGAGUUUGACCGGCUGGCCCUCUGGAAGAGGAAUGAACUGAAGAAGCAAGCCCGGCUGUUCUAGGCAGAGGCUCUAUAAAUAUAUAUGCAUUUAUAUAAAGAUAUAUGUAAAAUCUCUCUACUGAAGCUCGGUAUAAUCCUCUCUUGUGUAAUGGGACACACUGCCUGCCAUGAGACUUGCUUUUCUGUGCUGUCAGGCAAGCCCACAUCAUCGAGAUAUUUUUAUGCUCUCUACUUUCUCUUUUCUAAGUGCUGCGGGCUCUGGGAAGGGAUUUGAGGGGACUCUGUCCUUUUAUUGGGGAUCCUUUUUAUACUGAAACAUCUGUCCUAACUUGAGUGCCCUAAGGUCCAACUCUCUUUCCUAAAGAAGGUGCCUGAAGAAGUCUCUCUUCUCUUUGCUUUGUGGCCCCUUUCCUAAACUUCUAGGGCUCAUGCUGACCACGUGGUUUCCACACCUUAUUGGCCCCAGAGGGGCCCUCCCAUGGGAAGAUCUGCAGCAAUCUCCCCAAAUCAAUGAGCGCCUUUAAGCGCCCAUGAGGAACUUUCUCAACGCCCCCAAUUAGGAGCUCAGUGCUCUCUGGGGGCAAUGCAGUUAAAAGUGUGAGCCUCAAAUCUGGUCAUUAUACCAGUCAACAGAAGUGGACAGGGCCUAGGCCUCUUCUCAGCUCCUCAACCCUCCUUCUUCUGCCCUGGAUUGUAGCCUCUCCCUGGUCCAAAUCUAGGAUUCAUGGUAGGAAAAGAAAAAGGCCCUUCCCUUCCCUCUACCACUUCCAGCUGGCCCCUUUGCCUGACCUGGACUUGGAGAACCAGAGGAAAGGAGAGGGAGCGGAAGUGGGAGAUAGUGCAGGGCACCUAUUAGAAUCGGAGCUGCAGGCUUUCUUGGGAUCCUCCUCUCUCCCUCACUGCUCCCAGCACCUCCUGACCCUUCCCUCUUAGAAGGAGAGGCCCAUGAUGGCAGCCUGUAUUCUUGAGCCUUAUUACAAUCUACGUGCCUGACAACUCAACACCGCAGGGCUAACGUUCCCACCAGAGCUCCAACUGAACAACCAAGACAGAUAACUCUCACUACCCUCCAGAGAGAAAAUAGGCUAUGUCCCAAAGAAAGGUUCUUGGUCUAUGCCUCUGGUCUGUGGGCUGGCAGGACAACCAUACCAUACCUCCACCAGUCCUCGGCUUGUGCUGAAAAGUUAGCCAUAAUUCCCCGGGAAACUUUUGGAAGAGUGGCUGCUUAUGAGAUUUCAAACUGAAGUGUUGGCCAACAGCACUCACGGCCAUCUUGGAUUUCCCCGGUGGCUUCCUUUCCUGCCUGCUCACCUCCCUGAACAGGAGAGAAGGCUUAACCUCUCUUCUCCUCUCCAAACCUUUCACCUUGAGUGGGCGAUGUUAGGUGGGAGCUGUUCCUUCUUGGAGAUGCCUGGAGUUGGACCAUCUUGAGGUCAUGGAGGAAGGAUGAAGAACUGAAAAUGACAAUAAUGACUCUCAAGAGGCUGGUGAUGUGACAUGGCAAAUGUAGAACUGACUUAAACUGAACAAACCCUCACUGAGCACCUCUGAUGUUGAGCACCUGCUGAAUACUGAGCACUGAAUGGGGGAGGGGGAGGGGAGCACCAGGGUGAGUCUACCUGGGACUGGGUCUCAGGGGCAUGCCUACUAACAGUGGGUAUCAUAAGGCUGUACCCAAACAUAACGGAUGUAAGGCAGAAAGUGAUCGGAGAAGGAAUGAGAAGGUGUACGUGAUGUUACUGAAGAGUCAUAUGCAGUUAGAGCAGACCAAGGAAAGCCUUCUGGAAGAGACAGCAUCUGAGGAAAAUUCAGCAGAAGGAUCUUUGUAGAUUGGGAGGAGAUUCUAAGUGGAAGGGAUGAUAGGGUAAGGGCCAGAGGGAAGUUGGCUGUGCCCUCAUUUAGGACGUCAGCCCUCCCUGCAACUUCUGUUUUUGGCCAAUGUCUUCACUCUCCUGACCCUUUAGAAACGUCCCCAGCAAGAUGCAAACACUGAAGCUGCCUCACUGUCAGUGGUUAAGAACUUGGCGAGAUUGGAGGGAUUUUGUUAUUGUUGUUGGAUAUUUUUGUUUCCCAUAAAAGCACAUCAUUUCAACCC